CUCUGAAAGCCAAAAUAGAGCGGAAUACCGCUCGCUCUCUCCGCAGUAAUCAAAGGAGAAAGAGAAAUGCUAAUGGAGCUACAUUUGCCUCCAACAAAUUUAACAUUGUUGAAGGCCCCAGAUAUAAACCCUGAAAUUCUGAAGGCUAUACCUUCGAACACACAUAAGAAAGACAAGUUUCAACAGCAGAACCAGAGCCAGUUAGGAAAGGGCCUCGCUGCCCUAGGGGCUGGUAUCAACAUCCUCUUGAAGGAAGAGGAUAAUAAAGAAAACAAGAACACAGUUCUUGGCCUCCUUAGUGAGACAGGAAAUUUGUUGACAGAUGUUCACUACAAUAUGUCACUGACUAGGAGAGGCCUCAUUACACCUACGUUGAGUAAAACUGUCAAAGAGCUGACCAGUGCACCACCUAUUGAGAAGCUGUUAUUUGGAUCCAACCUGGGUGAGCGUAUAAAAACAGCAAAAGCUGUUGAGAGAUCAGUUGUAGGUCUCGAACCGAAAACAGAUACUGUAUUCAAAAUCCUAGUCAACUACCAAGUACAAGCUCAUCAGGUAGUGGUACAUAUAAGAGAGGUGAUUCUUUAA